CGCGCAUCCGAGCGGGUUAUUACCCUUAAAUUAAAACAUUCUCCUGUUGAACCAUACGAAGACUGCUUCUUCGUUGCCCUCAGAGUUCCCCUUUUCCUAGAAUGUGCUCCUCGUUGAGCGUGUUCAUCGUCUCGCAGCUCUCCGUGUCCUGUCACAUCCGCCCAUGCUAAAACAGACGUUGAACUCCGACGCCGUCAAUCUCGGACCAGCCACAAGUCAUGGCGGAUUCUCUCUAUCAGUCGCGACAGGAUGGAUAUGUUUGAUUUGGUACAUUGCUGUGGUGGCCGUUUGCGGCCUGGGGUAUUACCAGAUAUGGGAGUAUUAUUUCAUACAAAAACGUCGGAAAUCCUAUUCCUCGAGCAAUUCCCAGCAAGCCCCCCGUGUCACCGCCAUAAGGCCUGUCAAGGGACUUGAGCCGCACCUGUACGAUUGUCUGGCGUCGACUUUUCGUCAGGAUUAUCCGCGGGACAAGUUGACAAUCUACCUUUGCGUAUCUACGAAGGACGAUCCCGCGUUUCCAAUACUGCAGAAAGUGGUUUCCGAUUUCCCCCAUGUGGAUGCGCGAGUCUACGUCGAGGAGGAGGAUCCGUUGCUGCAGAAGAAUGAGAAUGGUGUGACAGAUUAUCCCAUGGGACCGAACCCCAAGAUCAGGAACAUGAGUCGCGCAUACCGGGAGGCAAAGGGGGAUAUCGUCUGGAUCAUUGAUUGCAAUGUCUGGGUCGGCAAGGGGGUGUGCGGACGGAUGGUGGACAGAUUGUGCGGUUUUGGUUCAGGAAGCAGCAGGAGGUAUAAAUUCGUGCAUCAUCUCCCCAUCGUGGUGGACGUGGAUGGAGAGUUCUGGUCGAAACAGGAGAAGCAGGCUCUUCUGGAUAUGUACACCAGCGGUGCAAUUGACCGGCUACGGAAUGAUCCCUCGGUGGUUCCCAGACAACAGGGUGAAAAAGACGUUGGCAUCCUAGCGACUGGUGGAGGUCGCCUCGAGGAGCUAUUUCUCUCCUCGGCCCACGCCAAGAUGUACACUGCUAUCAACACGGUGUUGAUCGCACCGUGCAUCGUGGGUAAAUCGAACAUGUUCCGUCGUUCCCAUCUGGACUCCUUGACUAUCCCGUCUCCCUCAGACCCUCGAGCCCGUAAUCCCGGGAUUGAUUACUUCUCCGACAACAUCUGCGAGGACCAUCUCAUAGGUGAUCUAUUAUGGCGAAAGCGAACAGCAGAAGAGAAAGAGUCGGGCAAGGAUCUGGGCAAACAUGCCAUGGUCUUCGGAGACCUGGCCAUCCAACCCACCGCAAACAUGAGUGUUCAGUCGUAUAUCGCACGGCGGAUUCGAUGGUUACGCGUGCGGAAGUUCACCGUUCUCCUCGCCACGCUCGUGGAACCAGGCACAGAGUCGAUUGUGUGUUCUCUCUACGGCGCCUGGGCUCUUAUAACGGCUCUUGCUGACCUUUUUCGACGGUAUGGUUUCUCAUUUGCCGAGUCGUUGACGACAUGGAAAGCCUUCUUUUGGUUCUUCUCCCUCAGCAUCUUCGUCUGGAUCCUAGUCGACUGGACCCUGUACAUCAUGCUUCAUUCAGCCAGAUCCAUUGAGGUCGACGAGGACACGCCCGUAUUCGCCCGACCUAUCCGGCAAGGCCGGAUAACGAGACGUCCUUUCCUGCAUUGGUUCGCUGCUUGGUUAGGACGCGAGAUACUGGCUCUUCCUAUUUGGGUCUGCGCCGUCUACGGGGGCGUCACUGUUGCGUGGCGAGAUCGACGGUUUAAGGUCGGGUUUGAUGCCAAAGUUCGGGAGAUUGAAUCUGGACGUCCGUUCACGGAUGGAUCGAAGUUGUCGGUCCCUGUAGAGGCCUCUCAGAAUGGUCGUGUUGGUCUGGUAAUAGAUGGUCGGAGUCGGAGUCCACGAACUACUGAGUAUAAAGCCAGACAGGAUUGAAUAUUAUCCCUACUCUGUGCACCAGCGGCAUGCUUCAUGAUAUAGCUGCAUAUAUACCACAAUAUACCCUAUCAAGCAAGAAUAAUAUGCUAGUCUUAGGACUAAUGGAUCAGAGGCUCCAGGUUGUUUGUGAUAACAAUUAGCUGCAAAAGCACUGGCUAGGGUUAUU